GCAGUUGGCGUUCGGAGCGGGAACAGUGAGGUCGCGGCCGCAGAGCGGGGAACGCACGCCGCCCAUGUGCUGUUCAGCCAUGGCGCUGAAUCUGGCCGAAUACAAAAUACGGUACCCGGAGUUUCCGAAGUACGUGUGGGACUCGCCGCAUCCCUACUCCGAGAUUAUGAAUAUAAAAAAGGACCGCCGUAACCCGGAGCACACUAAGCGGCCGCUGAACGCGUUCAUGCUGUUCGCCAAGAUCCAGCGGGAGCACAUCACCACCCACUUCAACUGCAACCACUCUGAGAUCUCGAAGGCGCUCGGUCGGCUCUGGCAGGACCUGAGUCGCGAAGAGAAGGAGCCGUUCACAGAGGGAGCCAAAACGCUGGUCGCCCUCCACCGGAUCGAGUAUCCCGACUACAAGUACCGGCCGCGCAAGAAGGGACAGCCCAAGGAGGCAGCGUCUGCGGCAGCGCUGAACGGUGGAGGAAGUCCGACAAAGAAGGCUUCUCAGAAGAGGCCGGCGAGCCGCGCCGCACGGGGCGGUGAGCGCGCUGCGGUCCGUCGAGCGGACUCCACCGGGGAUUGGGUCUGCGAGCCGGUCUCUGAGCGCGGCCCAGAGUCAGUCAUGGAGCUGUGCCGACCGGUCGGGGUCAGCCUGGGCAGCCCGGCGCCGCCCGAGAGCCCGCUGUCGUUCUGCCUGGCGAGCCCGUCUCGCUUCCACACCCCGUGCAGCCCCGUCUCGAUCGGCUCCUCCAGCGGCUACGAGUCGGAGCUGCCGCCCGAGCUGCCCUCCGACCUGCACGUCGACAUGCAGACCGAGCUGCAGUCCGCCUUCAGUCCCGAGCUCCAGUCCGCCUUCAGCCCCGAGCUGCCCGAGCCCAAGUGCGAGCUGAGCGGCCCCGAGGUGCCGUACAAGCUGCCGGCUCGGCCUGGUGACGAGUACGAGCUGCGUCCGGCCGAGGAGGACCCGCUGCACGGGUUCGGUCCCGAGCCGGAGAUCGGCGCCGACCUGCGCGACAUCGAGGUCACCGCGCUGGGCGAGUCGGCGCUGCUCAACCCGCUGGCCAUGUUCCCCGCGCUGGGACUGACCUGCGACGACCUGGACGAGCUGCGACUGCACCUGUAGACGACGCGAGCUGGAUCGUCGGCGAGGUCAUCGACGAGGUCAGGCGAGGUCACCGACGAGGUCAGCCGACGACGGUCGUACAAACACCCCUGUACAUAUGACCUGGCUGGCUGUGGCCGACUCCGGUGGGAACGGCUGGCUGUCGAGGGCCGAUGGGCUGGUCCGUGGUUUGUUCUGCUCUGACCAGACCCCUUCUUGUGGUGUAGCCCACAUCCGGAGCACUUCACUGGACGGCCUUCUCAUUGGCAUGGACCGGUGCGCUUUUUCUCCCGCGUCGACCUGAUGAGACGAUAGUAUUUUUGGUGCCGUAUUUUCUUAUCGAAGCGGCAGUAGCGUUUCUGAGUGGCUGAAGGGUAGAAGGUGUCACGAUGGAAAUACUCAAUUCAGCGGAGUGGAGGAGAGGAGGUGGCGAGUGCUGGCCAUGUAUUGACACUAGUCGAUGUGGUGUGGAGAGGUCCGGGGCGAGGGGAAGGCCAGGGUGCCGGGGCAGCGUUGACAGGGCGGAGUAGCCCUGUGUGUGUAUUUAUUUUCCAAAUGAUCUCAUUUGCGUCGCUGCUGACGCACUGCGCCGAUGCUUACAUUUGUCGCUGACUUGACGGAGGCGAUAAUUCCUCUCCGGCCUUUGAGAAGUCAGCCAGCGAAAGGGGAGUUUUCAGCUGCUCUUUCCCAGCAGUUUCUCGGUGCGUUGGUGGCGGCCAUAUGACGACGCGGUGUGGUGAUUUUGAUGCAAUCUCUUCUGUUUCUUUCUAUCGAGAACGGGCCUGAAGCGGCGACGCCUACCUCGGACGUGCUAUCAUUGGCGGGCAUUGGCCGGGCGACUGUUUGUUGUGAGCGGUGGGUCUCGGUGUUUGGUUGUCGCGUUAUGUUGUUCUCUGGACGUGUUUGGUUGUGCGCGCGGCGCUGUACGGCUGGUAGGGACCUGCGGAAGGACGCGACGCGCACGGCGUGUCGCGUCCCAUUCCAUGUACGCUGUAGUGAGUAGGUUUGUGGUGCACGUCGCCGGUCCCUCGGACGGUGUUAGCGGUAAGACUGGACGAUUUGUAUACCUCCCAGUGGCGCAGUGGGCGCUCAGAGUUCGGUGGACUGGCGCGAGCCUUUCGUAGAUCGCCGCGCUCGCCCGUUUGCACUGCGACACUGACGUGUUUCGGCCGGUAAACCCAUGUCCGGCGCCUCUAAAACAAGGCUUGUGACGCCAAGCGGGGCUCCCCGCGCGCCGCGGCGGUGGCGUGCCCCAGGGCCCGGCAGUGGGCCCUCUAUUUUUGUCUGGCGCGCGCCGCAACAUGUGCCUCCACAGCGAGAAGUAGUCCGGCCGCGCAACUUGUGCAAUGCCGUAGCCUCGGUCCUGUCCGAACUUUGUACACGGACUUUUUGUACGCAACGAGUCUAAGCUUGGUCAGCUCUCUGAUCUCCCGGUGUAUAUAGGGAGUUGGGGAGUCGCCCGUCUCAAGGGGAGCGGGCGCAGAUUUGUGACACCUUCGGGUAAUGGUUCCCAGGUUCACUGGGACACAGGUACGGCGGAGUGCCUGUACCUCCGAGUACCUCACAUACAAAGUCCGGCACCAUUGAUGGCAGAGAAAGCUACAGAAGACAAGCAUGUCAUACCUCCACUGUAUAUAGAAACCAUGCUGGUAAAGCUGUACAGUUUUCUCGAUGGCGAUUUAUUCGUGAUUUACGGUGUAUCUAGUCCGAUUUUGUAAUUUUGUAUGAUUGUGCAAGAGUUGUAUCGUUUGUUACGAAUACAUUAUACACCUUCGACAAGAAUUGUUGUUCUUAUGAUUGUUUAUAACAAGCAGAUACCACAAAAAUACACCCGGUCUGGUCGGAA